UGCGAAGCAACGGCUCAACGUCGGCCACCAAUUCCACACACAACACCGCCGGGGCUACGACGGGCCAAAAUGCGGUUCAGCCCAUGUAUGAUCGCCUUACUACAGAGAUAAUGAACUUUUACACGGUAGCCCGACGAUUGUAUGUGUACUGGCAGCGUCAUGGAAAGCUGACUGUUUCGUGAUUAGACGCUACAACCUCACCCCAAUGCGAUCAAACAACGCAAGCUGGUGAUUGAAAAGAUCAACCGUAUGCUCAAGGAUCGCUGGCCGUACGAGAACCUUCGAGUCAAACCUUUCGGGUCCUCAGCCAGUGGUCUGGACUCGGACAAGUCCGACCUGGAUUUGUGUAUCACCGUCCCUCUGCACCAGUUCACUGAUGAUAUUUACAAUAAAUGGAACCUGGAUAGAAUGCCGAAUUCUUAUUAUAACAUGCAUAGAGUGGCCCAAUCCCUACGCCAGAUCGGUAUGAGAAACGUCGUGCCUGUCCCGACAGCCAAAGUACCGAUUUGCAAGUUCACGGAUCCCCAAUUCAACAUCGAAUGCGAUAUCAAUACCAAUAAUACGCUUGGCAUUAUCAAUUCUCGACUAAUCAAAUGUUAUACACAAUUGGAUCACCGUGUGAAACCUUUUCUGUAUGUUAUCAAGCAUUUUGUCAAGACAAGAGAAAUCAAUAAUCCCACCAUGGGCACGCUUAGCAGCUACGCUUAUGUUUUAAUUGCAUUGUAUUAUCUGAUGACGUGCAAUCCUCCGGUUAUUCCCAAUUUGCAGACUCUUGCCAACUGCAGUCACCCAUCGUGCAGUUCGAAUAAGCUCGACACCUGCCUGGCCUUGAACAAACGGCGGCCGACGUAUUACGACGUGGUUUAUCACGAUUCCGUGAAACUCGUUCACAGGACCCAUCCCGCCUACAGUAUGUCCACCGCCACCAAUCCGUCAAAGUACUGCACGGUGUGGGAAGGAUAUAACAGUGACAGUGUGGGCCAACUGCUCGUUUCAUUUUUCCAAUGGUUUGUCAACUUGAAUCAUAAAGCGUGCGCCAUGUCCUUCAAGCUCGGCUGUAUGAUUUCAAGAAAAACAUAUCACUGGGGAGGUCACUGCAUCGCCAUCCAAGAUCCCUUUAUCAUGGAGCGAAACGUCGCUGUGUCAUGUAGCGGCUUCGGAUACAAGCAUAUCAUCGAAGAGUUCAGCCGGGCUACGGAUGCGCUGCUCCAAAAUCACCCACUGCAAUCUGUCUUCGCUCCUGCCAUAGUAUAUAGCUAUCAGGAUAAUAUGGAAGCGAUCCUUGAAUCGCCGCAGCAUCGCAUCAUGCGACAAAAACAAAUCAACGAAAUGGAAAAAGCACUCAGACGACUGAAUAAGAGCAUAGCAGCGAACGCUGCCGCAAAUGCUUCCAAUGUUCGAGCCACCGUUCAAAUCGAGUCGGUUCGCACUGCAACACCACCUUCACAUCAGGUGCCCUCUGGAGGUCGACAAAAUAGCACAGCGGCAUCCAGUGGACAACAACAGCAACGUCGCAAUGGUGGCCGAACAUCUAAUCAAAAACGCUCUUCAUAUGAGCGUGAUAAAGAAAUGUUUGAAAAAGCGCUCGCUGUAAGCGAUGAGGAUUACUAUGACGACGACGACGAUUGGGACGAUAUGCCUCUCACCUAUCAUGACUGGGUGCAGGGUCUCGCACCUGCGCCUCCUCGUGGCAAUGUUAGUAUGCGCGACCUUUUCGGUCCGGAAUACUACAAUGAUGAAGAUUACGACGAAGAAGAAGACGAUCUCCCUAAUAGACCGUACAGCGGAGACGAUAUCUCUGACGACGUCUUGCAAACCGCCUUACUUUUUUCGUUACUUUCCACGAAUCCCUCACAGCCUAAUAUUGACCAUGAAUUAGUCGACCGAAUAGAGGCCGUGUUACCAGCAUUAUCAGCCGCGGCAGCCAGAAAUAUGGCGCAAGAUUCUCGCUCCGGUGCUGCUCCAGCAACGGCUCACGAAGUACCGGACUCAUACUGGAAGGAUGAUACGCCAUCGAUUUGCACAUUGCUUGACGUACCGAGUUAUAUCGACGAACUUCAAGUGAUUGACGCAUUAUCCGAGUAUGGCCAGGUGCUUGACGUUGUUCAGUUUGAUUCGGUAGAUCAUUUUGUGGUUGGACUCAUUUCAUGGGAAAUCAUGAUCAUGCUGCAUGAUGAUGUCGACGAUUUACCGCAGUACAUUGAUUUUGGCGGCGGCCUUCGUAUCCCCGUCGAAUAAAGCCAAAUGUUUUGCCUUAAAUGAAACUAAUCUUAUAUUUUGACUUUUAUCAUUUCAGUAUUCUGAGUUCAUGGCGUAUGGCGUAUGGCGUAUGGCUUCUUUUUUUCUUUUAGGGUCCUGUAUUAAUCCUC